GGGGGGGGGGGAAGCGGCGAGUAAGAUGGAAGAUGAGGAGGUCGCUGAGAGCUGGGAGGAGGCGGCCGACAGUGGGGAAAUAGACAGACGGUUGGAAAAAAAACUGAAGAUCACCCAAAAGGAGAGCAGGAAAUCUACGUCUCCUCCCAAAGUGCCCAUCGUUAUUCAGGACGAUAGCCUUCCCUCAGGACCCCCUCCUCAAAUACGGAUCCUCAAAAGGCCCACGAGCAACGGGGUCGUCAGUAGCCCCAACUCCACCAGCAGGCCAGCCCUCCCUGUGAAGUCCUUGGCCCAGCGCGAGGCGGAGUACGCGGAGGCUCGGAAGCGGAUUCUGGGGAGUGCUAGCCCUGAGGAGGAACAAGAGAAGCCGAUCCUUGACAGGCCGACCAGGAUCUCACAACCCGAAGACACCAGACAGCCCAAUAAUGUGAUCAGGCAGCCCCUGGGUCCUGAUGGUUCACAAGGCUUCAAGCAGCGCAGAUAAAUGUGGGUGCGAGAGGAUGCUGCCCCCGCCACCGCCAGGGUCGUCCGCCACGGGUCGCACUGCCGUGGCGGACAGCUGGACUUGAGCAGAGGGAACGACCUGAUUUACUUGCACUGUGAUCCCCUUUGCUCCCCACUGUGACCUUGAACCCCAUGCACUGUGACCCCCGACCCCCUCCUCCCACUGUGAUUGGCACAUCGACAAGGGCUGUCCCAAGUCGCUGUAAAAGGAGAAGGUGGGGGCAUGAGGUGGGUUGGGGGGCCCACCGCGGACUCAGAGCAGAGAGUCAGAUGGUGCCACUUGGGGUGAAGCCAGUGCCAGCAAUAACAGUUUAUCAUGCUCAUUAAUUUGGGAUUUCAAAACACAAAUGGGAACGCCCCCAAAAGUGCAUGUCUUCAUCACUUAAAUAGCAAGUUCCAUUUGAAAGGAUCGUUUUCUUUUUUUUUUUUUUUUUCCUUUUUUUUUUCCUUUUCUGUUUUUUUUUUUUUGUUUGUUUCAGAGUCUGAUUUGCAAGGAAAAGUGCAUGGGAGGGGUUUUAGCUGUUAAAUGAAUUUUCGUUUUAAUUGAGAAGGGUAGUUGAUAGUCUUCUAAAAUGUUUCGAUGAAUUUGCAGAAACAUUAACAGAUAGGAUUUUGGCAAGCUUAGCUUCUUGUUCUCUAUUCCUAUUGCUGCCCCCAGGAGGGAUGGGGCUUCUCAGGCUCCCGCCCCGCCCCCUGUCCCUCGCCCGGCCCCAUCUCGUUGGGGCCCCUCGGUGAGGGCAGGCCAGAGGGCUGGGGCUGGCAGGAGGCACCGCCGGCAUUGUGGAGGUGCGCAAGCCCGCAGACUUUCCCUCCCCGUCCCCCGCCCGGCGCCGAGAUUGGCCGCUUCCAGCCGUGAGUUCGGGGGGGAGGGAGGGAGACUUGUCAUACCCAGGUUUACAAGCAAGGAAAAGUAGGUUUAUUCAGUAUUUUGAUUUUUUAUCCAAGGAAAACGUGGGAACGAGUCUGGUUCCAAGGCCUCUGCUGAUAAGCCAUCUGUACAGUGUUGUCAGGGUUUGAGCUCCCAGGAGCCUGGGCCACUAUCGCUCAGCUCACGGUAGCAAUCCGGAGCUGAACCCGGCACGUUUCCUUCUAGGGGUCCUUGCCUCCGCUCCUGCCUUGGUUGGCGAUGACAGACUGGGUACCCGUAGAUUGAAGCUAUGGUGUCCACUGACUUCGACUAGAUGCCUAGCCUCCCAAAGCAGGGGCCGGAGGGGGGUCCGACAGCCCCCCUGGGCUCUGGAAGUGCCGUUGGGCCCGGGGCCGCAGAAGCCAGGCUUGCUCCUGGGUCCCCGGGGUGCGCGUGCUGCCUGUGUGCAGUGGAAACGGCCGCCUUGCUUCCUAGCCCCCCACCCCCACCCCCUUCUACUGCACUGAAUCUUCCUAUGACUUAGGUAUUAGCCAAUUCCCGCUUCUGAUUUUACCGACAAGUUUCCAGGGGGUUGGGAGAUGGCCGCAUUUCCCAGGUAGCAUGAGUGCACUGCCAAGCCAUAUUUAGACCCAGGGCGGCAGCUUGAGUUUGCUUGAGGGGCCCUGAGCCUUGCCUUGUUUCAUUGGGGGCUAGGGGGCCUUCUCUCCUGUCCUGCCUUACCUGUCCUGCCGUGGGGUCAGGCCCAGCAGGGGGAAGGGCUACAAUUAGGAGGCGGCUACUGCCUGCCCCAAAGUGAGGGUCUUGGGGGUUGGCCCCCAGGAGUGGUGCCACGGUGAGUGAAAGGGCUGUGACUACCAGCAGCCCACAAAACAGUGGUACUGGCUCCCGCCUCUCGGGGAAUGACCUCCACGGGGGUGGGGAGGCCUGCUCACCCAAGUUCUGAGGGCGCAGUCUACACCAGUCACUGGCCCAAAAAAGCGUGGACCCGGGAGGAGACUUCCUGCCUGGGUGCCAAGGGCGUGAGGGUGGCGAGAGCCCCAGAGCUCGGCCCCUUCCUGGGCCCCCAGCAUCUCCUGCACCAAAGGCCAGAUGAGGGAAUAGGAAACUCUAUUAUGUGUGUGGGUUGUGGGGGUCGGGUCAGGGAGGAGGAGGAGGAGGAGGGGUUGGGCUUUCUGUGGGCAUCCACAUCUUCCCUAAGUGCAUUUCCUUUGGUUCAGUUUUGUUUUGUCUUAUUUUUUUAUUUUUAAAGUGAGCUGUGGGCUUUGGCUUAGGAACUCCGGGAUGGGGGUGGAGGGCGGUAAGCCGAGGCUGCCGCCCCUUUAGCUGCCUAUCCAUGGCCACGUCCUCUUGUCCGGCUCCUCUGAUCCCACGGGCCAGGCCCCUGACCUCCCGGCUUAACAGCUUCCAAUGAGCCACUUCUCCCACAUCAGCCUAGCUAACCAAAGGAGCUGGGGGUGCAGGGGCUGGUGAUCAGCCCCUCUCAGCCCAGCCAAUCAGGGUGCUCCCCACCUGCAGGCAGGAGGCAACACCCCAAAAGCCCAGCCCGCCCCUCCCUGGGGGAGCCUUCCUGUCCAGACUAGAUAGGCAGGGCCACACUUGGCCACCCGGCCCAGAGGCUUGAGAGACCUCGUGGAUCCUUGUUUCUAGUUGUGGUGUUUCCCCCAGGGUGAGCCAAGGGCCCCUUGGGUGCGUUCAAGGGAGAAGAGUCGGGGAGGGAGGGAGAGAUGCCAUAUAUCCUGCCGCUCUGCCCUGCUAGAGUAGCCGGGCAGCUCCCUGAACUCCCAGCCCUCUCCGCGGGUCCCCAAGUCAGCAGAUUAAGCAUUUUAUAAAUUGUAUUUUAAAUAAAUGUUUUAAACUUGUCA